CUUUUCUGGAAAGGAACCUUGGAGAAGGGAAGGGCUGAGAUUUAAAAGGCAGGAAUUCAUGUCAUGUGCUGCAGCAGAACUGCCGUAGCAACAGCAGCAGCAGCAGCAGCAGCAGCACCCGCAGCGGCAGCGAGUCAUUUAGUGAGACUGCACCAUUUUCUUCUCACCCUGCAUAGAGGUGUGGUUGGAAGCGGCAAUAAACUACCCACCCCCUAGCAGUUCCACAGAGGUGGCCUCUUCCUGGCUCCAGUCGGAAGACACAGACUGUCUGGAGGAGUCCCCAAAGACUGUUCCAAUUGGUGAUGUGUGUCUAAGGAAGGCUUUUUCAACUAGUAGGAUGCUUGCCUGCACUUGCGGCCACCCAACUGCUGAAGAGCUCCAAGUCUAGUGCUCCGCCUUCCCCUGGGACCAUUUCCCAGUGUGGGUGCACACCUAUGCCCGCGUGUGUGCAGGUGUGUGCUGCUGGGGGGCUUGGCCUGGGACCUUGGUACGUUCUGGUGAAUUAUGGGUGCUGCAGAGGCUGGAGCAAGAUUAUGACCUAGCUCGGGGGCGGAGUGGAUUAUUUUGUGAGUGCUCUGGCCGCCAGCCAUUGCCCUGGUGGGGAAAACCGUAUCUCCAUCUAGCUCUAAAAUCACCUGGCUUGCUGGGGAGUGGAAACUGAGCCGCCGAAACUGCUUCUGCUGAUUUUCUCUGCAAAAUGGCUCACGCUGCUGCUUCUAUUAAAAAAGUUCGAGAGGCUGAACUGGAUGAAAAAGAAAAAAACCUUGAGAGAGAGAGGAAAAAACAACGGAAAAUCCCCAGGGAACGUAUGGAACGGAAAAGAAAGUCUGACAGCAAUGCAAGCUUCCUCCGUGCUGCCAGAGCAGGUAACCUGGACAAAGUAGUGGAAUAUCUGAAGGGGGGCAUAGACAUCAAUACCUGCAAUCAGAAUGGACUCAACGCUCUCCAUUUGGCUGCCAAGGAGGGCCAUGUGGGCCUGGUUCAGGAGCUGCUGGGAAGAGGGUCCUCUGUGGAUUCUGCCACUAAGAAGGGGAACACUGCUCUUCACAUUGCAUCUUUGGCUGGACAAGCAGAAGUUGUCAAAGUUCUUGUUAAGGAAGGAGCCAAUAUUAAUGCACAGUCUCAGAAUGGCUUCACUCCUUUAUACAUGGCUGCCCAAGAGAACCACAUUGAUGUUGUAAAAUAUUUGCUUGAAAAUGGAGCUAAUCAGAGCACUGCUACUGAGGAUGGCUUUACGCCACUAGCUGUGGCACUCCAGCAAGGACACAACCAGGCAGUGGCCAUCCUCUUGGAGAAUGACACCAAAGGGAAAGUGAGGCUGCCGGCUCUGCAUAUCGCAGCGAGGAAAGACGACACCAAAUCUGCCGCACUCCUGCUUCAGAACGAUCACAACGCUGACGUACAAUCCAAGAUGAUGGUGAAUAGGACCACCGAGAGUGGUUUUACCCCUUUGCACAUUGCCGCCCACUAUGGAAAUGUCAACGUGGCAACUCUUCUUCUAAACCGGGGAGCUGCUGUGGACUUCACAGCGAGGAAUGGAAUCACCCCUCUGCAUGUGGCUUCCAAAAGGGGAAACACAAACAUGGUGAAGCUCUUACUGGAUCGUGGUGGUCAGAUCGAUGCCAAAACUAGGGUGAGUGUCUCUGUUCUUUGAAUUUCCUACCAUUUU